GAUGAGCUGCGAUGCUUGCAACGGAUAUCUGUCUCGCGGCGAGACUUCGACGUGAGCCGCAGACGGCCAGGUGGCCCAUACGUUGAAUCGUUUUAUGUGGACUGUAACAGGAAAGUGCACGAAGGUUCGAAAUGGCAGUGGAGUCGCGGAGAUAAAGAAAAGGAAAGCCCUGUUCCGACACUGUAA